ACACCCCUCCAAGCUGCGGCAGCACAAGGAGCCAAUAACAUAAUUCGAUAUCUGAUACAGGAGGGAGCUGACGUCGACGAGCCUCCCGCGUCCCGAGCCGGAGGUACAGCCCUUCAACUUGCUACCAUGGAAGGGUAUACUUGCACAGCAUUGUUGCUGCUAGAACAUGGCGCGGACGUCAAUGCAGCGCCCUCGUUACUAGAAGGCAGGACGGCCUUCGGAGCCGCUGCAGACAAUGGUCGAAUCGAGAUGAUGCUCCUACUCGUGCAGAACGGGGUUGAUCUGCUAUCGAAUGACGGAACCCAGUAUACGCGUGCACUAGACUUCGCAGAGAAGGCCGGCCAAAUUGCUGCUCGCGAUUUGGUGCAGCAGCUAUACGAG